UCUCCUCUUUGACUCUUGACAAAAAGUCAAAACAACAUUUCAAAUCGCAUUUUUAAUGAUACAUUUGUUAAGAAAAGUAUAUAUCUUUCAAUAUCGUCGCCUUUUAUACAUACACUGGAGGUAUAUUGUUACCACAGCGGAGAGUUUAGAGGACUGUAACGUCAUCAGCAGAUGCUGAGCGCAUGAUAGUAAUAAAAACAUUAUCGUCGCAGCCAGACGCGCCUGCUGAUCCGACUCUCUAGUUUCGGUUUUGUCUUCGGGAUUUUCUCCGCCGAUGUUGGGCUCGGGAGUUGUCGUCGAGCCCCAGCAGGGACGUCCUUUCCUCCUUUCUUUCCUCUUUUAUUUCCUCAUUUCUUCCCUCCUUCCCCCGAGCUGAACUUUGGACCCACACUUGUUGUUGUUUGGUGAUUGCGGAAGAAGCGCAGCGAGGAGCGGCUGCUGGCAUGGAAACGAAACUCUGAUUGACCCGGACGACCCGCCGCACAAUGUUCAGCUCUGCACCGCCAAUUUAAGAAGACACGAUGGACAUUGAAAGAAGCAAGGGAGCCGGAGGAGGGGGCGGAGAUUAUGAUGUAGAGGACGAGUUUGCAUGUGCUGAGAUUCUGCGGGUAUCGCUGGCCUCCCUGCACAGCACCGUGGAGCGGAUUUUCAGGGUGAACUUUGGAAUUGGGGCGGACGACAUGCCUCAUGGCAACAACGGUCAAAUAUGGCUGAAACUGCGAGGGCCGAAGGCCAAUGUGGAAGCUGCCAAAUUAUUUGUGAAAGGAGUGGUGAAUCAGGAGGAGCAGCAGGAGGUCUCGUAUCCUGGGGUCCUUCACUGUGUCUUCUGUGGAGCCAAAGGCCUGUUCAUGGACAGCCUGAUAAGAAACACCUCUGCGCAAAUAGUGGUGGGGUCACCUGGAUUCCUGCUCAUAUCAGGUCUCACCGAGCCGGUGGUGCGAGCCUACUCGCUUAUCGGUGACCUUGUGGCGAGGUAUGAAGGGACGCAGUCCCGCCGCUCAGAGACACCAGACAGGGGCUUGGGCGAGUCCCUGGACUCACGCCGGGCCUUCAAAACUCUGGUGGAGAAAUGGGAGGACAGACACAUUCUGGAUCUUCUUGUGCUGCCCGGGUUAGUGAAAGAAAUCCUGCUGGAUCUGGUGAAAGAAGCAGAUCUUGGAUCAAGCCCGAGCCAAGCACUGGCGCAUGGGAAUACAGGUGGAAAACCACAUGAUUCUGAGGACGGAUGGGACAAACCAGGUGCAACACGGCAAACACUCGGCGCUGCCUCAAGCACUACGGAUCGAUGGCCUGAAGGAAUGGCUGAUCAAAUGCGGAAAGACUCUCCAUCCACUGACUUGCUCUUUCAGGCAUUUUCUGCAAGCACCAGAGGGAGGGCGGAGGGCGCUGAGGAAAAGAUGGACGAAGGGGCGCAGUUAGAUCAGCAGGGAACGUUAGACCUCUCGGUGAAAGAGGGGCAACGGCAGGAUGAAGACCAAGAGCAGCACUUGUCAAUGGGAAACAAGGAGUUCUGGCUUCUGUUGAAGUUUUUCACAGCCAUGGGCUACACGGAGGACGUUGUGAAGCGAGUCCUGGCAAGAACAGGACCUAAAGAGGCUUCACAGAUACUGGACUUGGUCCAGCAGGAGCAGGAUUGCAGCGACCGGCAGCAGCGAAGUCAUGGUGCUCCAGACCCAAAAAAUCAAGAGGUUACCCCUUUGAAUCGGGACGACAACCGACCCUGCGAGACAGAACACAAGGAGUACGAGGGAAUCGCUGCCGGAGGAGAUCUGGCCCUAAGAAGUAAUGGAGAAGUACAAGAAGAAGAGGGGGGCAAGGUGGGGAGUACCAAACCCUUCCAAGAUGAAGGUAAUGUGGAGGUAAAGGAGGCAGAUCAAGAGGAUUUUGUCCUGGGGGUGUUGAAAAAGGCAGCAGCCAGUUGUGGGUACACCGAGCAGAACGUAGCCAAGGUGUACAGCAUGCUGCCCGAGGGCUCCACUCGUCAGCUGCUGCUGGAGCUGCAGAGAGAGGGAUGCAGGGAUGUGGCGGGCUUCAUGGAGGGACCGAGGGAGACUGAUGAUGCGGUGUUGAACAACAAUGAACCCAAUGUUGACCCAUCUCAGGCCAAUGGAAGAGAAGUGGAGCUUUUCUUCACUGAAAAAGACAGAGAACCUGAUAUGAAAGCGCAGGUGAAGGUCCCAAACUCUUCCCCACCUGUAGCAGAACCAUAUUUGCUCACCUGGAAUAAUAAUCCCAGACAGCCUCCUGUAAGUGAAUACACCUCACAGCCAAGGUACAACGAGCCUCUGAUGCCACAAGCCAUCCUGCCUGAGGUCAAAGGGCCACCCAUGGCUACCUAUCCCCCCUCCUUAGAUCCCCCUCACAACGGUUUCCAGUCUGACGCGCAGCACGGCAGGACCCCCUACCGGCCAAGCUCAAAACAAAAUCAUCAAACUCACAAUGACACUUCAAACACGAAAGCUCAUUAUUCAAACUCCUUGAAGCAGUUUUUUAAAGCUUCGAAAGCAGCCGUCGAAGACGCGCCUUCGACCAGAGCGAGGGAGGGUCGGCCCUUCACGUCUUCGGUGGUGGUGACGGGGGAGCAGCGCUUCAUGGAGGGUCUGCAGACCCCCUUUGAGCUGAAGCUCCCGGACAAACCUGGAGACCCAAAACUGAGGGUGAUCAUCAUCGACGGCAGCAACGUCGCUAUGAGUCAUGGUCUGGGCCAUUUCUUCUCCUGUCGAGGCAUCGCUCUGGCCGUUCAGCACUUUUGGGACCGCGGCCAUCGUCACAUCAGCGCUAUGCUGCCGCAGUGGCGACAGAAGAGUGACCCCAAGAUCAAAGAGCAGCACUAUCUGACGGAGCUGCAGAAGCUGGGCCUGCUCUCCUACACCCCCUCCAGGGAGUUCCAAGGCAAGAAGAUCUGCUCUCACGACGACAGACUAAUACUGCAGGUUGCACAAAAGACAGACGGCAUAAUCGUGACCAACAACAACCUUAGGGACCUCUUGGACGUGUCCCCUGCGUGGAGGGACAUAAUCAAAAAGAGACUUCUACAGUACACAUUUGUGGGCGACCUCUUUAUGGUCCCCGAUGACCCUCUAGGAAGAAGUGGACCUCACCUAAAUGACUUCCUCCGCUCGGAGCACAGGACUCCCGAUCCAGGAAAUCACUCUUUUGCCGGCGUAGCGACUGCUUUUCCUUCCUCCAAACCUCCUCGCUCCCAAACCGAAGUCUUGAACUACCGAGACCGAACACUUAGAGGCGCUCUGGAUGCGCCGGGUGAGGGGAGCAGGGCUAAGGGGAGGCCGUACGGGAAAAGGUUUGCCGUGGGAAACCAGCAUGGGCCCGCGGGUCCCGGACUGAUUGCGGGAGGAUUCCCGCAGAAUGACAGGACUCCAGAGGAAACGACUGCCCUGAGAGAGCAGCUUUCUCAAGUCUUCCCGGACCAGGACAACAUGGUGACGCUGGUUCUGCAGUGCCAUCCAGGGGAGAAGGACAUCAACGCGCUGUCUGGUCUAAUUUUGGAGCGGCAAUAGGACUAGAAACCUUUUUAUUUAACAGUUCCCUUUAAGUAAAUUGAGACUUCUCCUGGUGAGUGUCUCCUUUUUAACUGAUUGGCACAUAUUUCCAGCCAAAGGACCUUCAAUGAAGCAUCCUGGAUCUGCAUAGAUCCUAUAUUAAAAAAAAUAAAUAAAUAACCUUGUCAAACAUGGAACCAAUGGAAAUAAUCUAAAACUAAGAAGGGAAACGUCAAAAGAACUUAUUAUUGUUAUAUUAUAUAGUUUUUUUUGCUCUGAAAGCUGCAACAAAGCCAUUAUAAGCCCUGAUAUAUCAUUUUAUUACCUUUGCUCACACCCUGGUUAUCUCACUUUGUUAAUUUAUACUUCUUCAUUUAAUCUACAGUAUGGGUAAGACUACUUUCAUAUGACACAAAUUUGAACACCAUUUGUCACAAUCCAAGCACGCACACUCUUAGGCCUAUUCAUUAUGAAAGUGUUGUCAUUUUUACAUCACCUUCAGUUCUCUAUGUAGCACAGACAGGUGUUUUAAUUGAUACCUUUGCCAAUUUUCUUUGACUUGGUUUUUUUUUUUAUCUUUGCCCUGAAUGAAUCACUGCGUAGUUUUCACCACUUGUUUCCUCUCCCUGACCAUUUUCGGUCAACUACUGUUUUGCCUGAUUUCCACAGAUUGUGCCCCCUUGUCCAUUAAUCACAUAGUGUGAACGCCACAGUGAUUCAAAUAUUCUCCAUUACAAGACAGCCUGUUUUGUAUCAAUUUAACAGGUUUACGCAGCAUUUUUGUUUGUGAAAGAUGAUGCUGCGGUGUAACAAACACAUAGGUGUGCUUAUAAAUUUGUAUGCAGCCUGUUAAUAGUGUUGGUUACUUGCAUAGCAUACAAAACAGCUUAUUGUUCAAGUGAAAGAGGAAUAAAAAAACAAACUAAAUCAGUCUGGAAAACAUGAAUGGCCCAGAGGAGAUUAAAACAGCGUCUGCUGAAUCCGUUGUUCAGGGAGUUCAUGGUUUUAGCCACUCUGGUAGCAUGUCAUCAGUACACCACAAUCAUGAACCACUGAGGAGGAAGUGCAAUCCCUUGUUUUCCUCUUUGUGCAUCAAACUUUCAUGUAGACAAACACUUCAAUACAUGCCAGCAUAGCAGCAAAACUGAGGUAAUUCGAGACGGCAUAGCCUUAGCGCUAAAUGCUAGCACGCUAACGAAUUAAGCCGAGUAAAGACGUUAAAUGUGUUACUAUCAAAAGAUUUUUAAUGAGCAUCUUAUGAUUCCUGGGCUAUUAUUUAAUGUUAUUUAUGUUCAUCCUUCCUCUAGGAAUAGUUUAAACUCUUGAAAAACUGUUGUACAAACAAUAGACAUUCUUUGUGUUUUUUAGCAUGCGUGGUUUCAAAUUUUGGAGUUGAUAACAUGAUAACCACAGUAAUAUAAAAAUGCUUUUUUUUUUUUUUUUACAUUUAACAGCUGCCUUUUCUAUAAUAUUGAAAUCUUAACAGGAUUUUAUUAACCGGACAAAAAAAUAAAAAAAAUGAUGAACUGGCAAUCUGAUGGAUGUCCUGAGCAAAGGUUCUUGGGUAAUUGUUGUGUAGACUUGAAAUACUGAGAAUAUAUUUUCAUACUAAUGUAACAAGGGCUAGUGUGUGUUGAUGUUGGUUUUAAAAUGUUCGUGGUGUGACUGGAUGAUGAUAACACAACAUUUUUGAGUCUCCAGUUGAAAAUCAGAUCUGAUUUAUUUUUACUGUCUCCAAUUGUGAAAUAAUCAUAUUUGUACUGUUUAUAUCUGUACAUUCCAGGCCUUAUUAAAAUAUGUCUCAAAGGAUAAAA